AAUUCGUCCGGUUUGUAUAGUUCGGGAUGAAAAAUGUCCGGUUUUGUGGUUCAGGGGGUAAUUCAUACGACCGCGAUAGUUCGAGGGGUAAUUCGUACUUUUUACUAAGUGAAAACUUUAAGUUAGAUAUGGUCCAAUGUGAAACUUAGGUAAGAAAAAGUAGUCCAAUGUGGAAUUUACUCAAAAUUCUAUUAUAAUAAGAGAAACAAAAAUGGUUAAACACGGUUAAAACAAAGGAGCAUUUUACAUCUGACAAGCAUUCUAGAUGGAUUUUUUUAGAUAGUGGAAUUUAUUCCUGACAAUGUGGUGCCUUUAUUUGUUCCUCGUAGCGGUCGGACAAGCCAUCGGAGGAAGCCGAAGAGGACCGGGACGGGAACGGGAACCGCCGGCUGUGGCUGCAGCGACGUUGUUGUUGUCCCCCUGGUCGGACGCCGCGGCGGCGGCGGCGGCGGGGAGAAGCCGCAGCGGCGGCAUUGCUUGGUGGCCGCGGAGUGGUCCCCGUCGCCCCUCGGCAUGUUGACGCCGGCGCUAGCCAUCACCAUCACCAAUCAUGUCAUGCGAGCAGCAGCAGAAGCAGCAUCCACCAUGGGAAGAGAGAUGCGUUGGAGGAGGCGAGAGGAAGAAGAAGAGGUGGCCGUGUGGCUAAGGCCCAAACACAAGGGCCCAUGAGCAUAACCAGUUCCUUCCGUUACAUUAAACCCUAGACGCUCCUCCUCUCCUGCCCGCGCGCAGUUCUGCUGCUUGCUGCUCCGGCGCUGGCCCUCUCUUCUCCCUUCUCCGACCUUGCGCCUCCCUCAGGCUGAAGAUCGAUUACAUCGCAGGACAGGACGCGCAAUCGACUUUGCAGGUACUCUUCCUUCCUUCCUCACAAUUGUCUCCUGGAUCUUGGUAUGUACUACUGCUUAAAUCGCCUCUCGACAAACGGAUCCCCUCGUUUCCUUCUGCUCUGCAAAUAAUCCACCCGCUUUUUUUUUAAUUAUUUCCCUAGCUUUGAAGAUAUUUUAAGUAUGUCUCCGUCGACGAUUGAUUUCUCGCGGCGGUUUCUUAAUCUGAUCGUGGGCAACCGCACCCCUGGUGUCAAAUCGCUAUGGUGCUUCGACCUGAUGCGCCAGCAGCUGUUCUAUCCGGCAACACCUCCACCGCCACACAAGGUUGAGGAAUUCUGGCAAAAGUUUAGACCGCCGGGCACAAUGAUGGACAGCAUGGGGCUUCCCUUCUCCUGCUUCACCUUCCGAGCUUCAGCUCUCAACGUCAACGGCCAAUCGAGGAUGGACUGUUUCCCGCUUGCUGGCGGCGAGGUGAUUUGCAUGGAUCAGUCUGGCCGCGCGUUCCUCGUCGACGCUGAUGCGUGCCAGGUAGGAACCAUGCCCAGUCUUCACAAGCCCAAGUCGAUGCCCUUGGCCGUCUUCGUCCCCAAUGCCAAGGCUGACAAUGACUAUGACCAUGAUGGCUAUGGCAGCAGCCUCUUUGUCAUGGAGAGGAUUCCCAAACCGGAGUUGGGCUUCAACAGCGAUCAGUUUGAGGCCUUCAUAUACCGCAAGCCUACAAUAUCCAACUACACAAAGGCCUGGCACUGCCAUCAACUCCCACCCCCGCCUUUUGUCCGUGAACCCAAGCACUGGCACAGCUGCAGCAACCCAGAGAUCAGCUCCUACGCUGUGCUUGGCGGUGGCUCACACAUUUGCUUAUCUGUCAAUGGCAUCGGCACCUACUGCCUGGAGACAGCAAGCCACACAUGGAGCCAAGUUGGCAAGUGGACACUGCCGUUCCAUGGCAGGAUUGAUUAUGUGCCUGAGUUCAACCUCUGGUUUGGCCUCUCUGCUGAGGCCCGUCGCUUGGCUGCGGCUGACCUCUCUGCCAUGGACUCCUAGCCACAGCUAGUGGGCCCUUGGAAGGAACUCAACCUGCCAGAGGAAUGGAGGGAAUGCAAGGAUCCUCAACUUGUUAACCUUGGCUCAGGCAGGUUCUGCAUCGCUAGGUUCUUCCGCAGCAACAGUGACUUUGGGGAUGAACAAAUUACCGUGUUUACAGGUGUGGAGGUAGUGCCACACGUCGGCGAUGCCAAUGGCUAUGCAAAUAAGGGCAGCAAUGGGAAAGUGCAACUCCAAAUGAUCCCUCACUGAUCAAAAUGUCACAUAUCUAAUGCUACUACCAUCGAUGUUGUGUUCUGACUAAUAUUAGUGCUGGCAUCCUUUUUUAUUUGUUUAUAUUUUAUCUGAAUAAGAGAUGACUUAGAAUAUUGUUGUAAGAGAUGGUCUCCCUAUGAUCUCUAUUUACUAGUAGUGCGGUAUUGUAUCCUGCAAUGGUAGAUUCUAAAAUUAACUGAAUUUAGUCCCCUUUCCUAAGCUCAACGAGUGGCCAGGAGGGCUGAGGUAGAAGAACCCGACUGAAGGGGUAUAUUGGUCAACCCAAGUGAAAAAAUGGUGGAAAUCCAGUGAAUUGGCAAAUAUGGCAAAGAAAAGGUUUGGUAUCGCCUAGGGAUGGCCUUUUAACGAAUCCAAUCCGUGGAAUGGCAUUUGAGCGAAACCCUCUUUUGGUAGUGGCAGAAUGUCCAAUUUCUCGUUUCGUUCAACACAAUUGUGUGUUACUGAAAACAUGUGUGAUGUUUGGAAUUUCAGUUCAAGGUG